AUGGAGAAGAUCCCAGGGCUAAACACUCUUUCCGUCUCUUUAGCACGGAUAGACUAUGCGCCGGGUGGUUUGAACCCACCUCACACUCACCCACGCACCACUGAAGGAGAGCUCGAAGUUGGGUUUAUCACGACGAAAAAUAAUGGCAAAUCUCCAGCAUCGGUUUUGUCGGCGUUUAAUAGUCAGCUACCAGGAACGGUUUCUGUUGCAGCGAUGCUUUUUGCGGCGGAACCUGCUUUGCCGGAAGAUGUGUUGACAAAGACUUUUCAGUUGGGGUCUAAGAUGGUUGAUAAGAUUAAGGAUAUGCUUGCUACGAAGAAAUCAUUUAAAUGA